CAAUGGGAUUAAAUUGCUCGCGGGAGGAUAAUAAAACUGUUUUUGCCCAGUGGCAGCGGUGUGAAGUGGCUACAAUGGCUUUGCGCACUUCUUCCUCUUUCUUAUCUUCCACUUCUUCUUCAUGCUCCUCCUCCUUGUGCUUUCGUGUCAAUCCUCUUCUCUUCUCCACGCAACGCCGUUACACUGUCUCACUCUCCCGUUCUCGUCGAUUCUUCGCCAUGUCUGCAGCAGCAGCAGAAAGCGAUGGUAUAUUUACUUCACCCGAAGUUGCUAAGUCAUUUGAUUUCAGUAAUGAAGAACGCAUAUAUAAAUGGUGGGAGUCUCAAGGAUAUUUCAAACCAAACAUUGACAAAGGGGGUGAUCCUUUCGUAGUUCCAAUGCCACCACCUAAUGUUACUGGUUCACUGCACAUGGGGCAUGCCAUGUUUGUGACCCUUGAGGAUAUCAUGAUACGAUAUAACCGCAUGAAGGGAAGACCUACCCUUUGGCUUCCUGGAACAGAUCAUGCUGGUAUUGCAACUCAGUUGGUUGUGGAGAGAAUGCUAGCUGCAGAAGGAGUAAAACGGGCUGAUUUGGGUAGAGAUGAGUUUACAAAACGAGUAUGGGAAUGGAAACAGAAGUAUGGUGGAACCAUUACUAACCAAAUAAAGAGACUUGGUGCAUCCUGUGAUUGGACCAGAGAACGUUUUACCCUUGAUGAACAGCUGAGCAGAGCAGUAGUUGAAGCAUUUAUAAGGCUUCAUGAAAAAGGGUUAAUCUAUCAGGGUUCUUACAUGGUUAAUUGGUCUCCUAAUUUGCAGACUGCAGUUUCAGACUUGGAAGUAGAGUAUUCUGAAGAACCUGGUACACUUUAUUACAUCAAGUAUCGUGUUGCUGGAGGUUCAAAGAAUGACUAUUUGACAAUUGCAACCACACGCCCAGAGACUUUAUUUGGUGAUACUGCUGUUGCUGUUAAUCCUCAGGAUGAACGUUAUGCUAAGUUUAUAGGAAAGCAGGCUAUUGUGCCCUUGACAUUUGGUCGCCAUGUGCCAAUUCUCUCUGACAAGUAUGUCGACAAAGACUUUGGAACUGGUGUAUUGAAGAUAAGUCCUGGACAUGAUCACAAUGAUUACCUCCUUGCUCGCAAGCUUGGUCUUCCUAUACUUAAUGUGAUGAAUAAAGAUGGGACCCUAAAUGAGGUGGCUGGGCUAUAUGCUGGCCUUGACCGGUUUGAGGCAAGAAAGAAACUUUGGUCAGAUCUUGAGGAGUCGGGUUUGGCUGUGAAGAAAGAGGCUCACACUUCACGAGUUCCUAGAUCCCAGCGUGGUGGAGAAAUUAUAGAACCUCUAGUGAGUAAGCAAUGGUUUGUCUCGAUGGAGCCUUUGGCUGAGAGGGCACUUGAAGCAGUUUCAAAAGGAGAAUUGACUAUUAUGCCUGAACGAUUUGAGAAGAUAUAUAACCACUGGCUCUCGAAUAUCAAGGAUUGGUGUAUAAGCAGACAGUUAUGGUGGGGACACCGAAUACCAGUUUGGUAUGUUUCUGGUAAAGACUGUGAAGAAGAAUAUAUUGUUGCAAGGAGUCACAGAGAAGCUCUCUCAAAAGCCCAAGAGAAGUAUGGGAAAAAUGUCGAAAUAUAUCAGGAUCCAGAUGUUCUUGAUACCUGGUUUUCGAGUUCAUUGUGGCCCUUCAGCACUCUUGGAUGGCCAGAUGAGUCAGCGGAGGAUUUCAAGCGGUUCUAUCCAACUUCCGUUCUUGAAACUGGGCACGACAUACUGUUCUUUUGGGUGGCACGAAUGGUGAUGAUGGGAAUUGAGUUUACUGGGACUGUCCCCUUUUCAAAUGUUUAUCUUCAUGGACUAAUUCGUGACUCUCAAGGCAGAAAAAUGUCUAAAACAUUGGGGAAUGUCAUAGAUCCCCUCGACACCAUUGCAGAGUAUGGCACAGAUGCUUUGCGCUUCACUCUUGCCUUAGGGACUGCUGGUCAGGAUCUAAAUUUGUCCAUGGAGAGGUUGACCUCUAACAAGGCAUUCACCAACAAAUUAUGGAACGCUGGCAAGUUCAUAUUGCGGAAUUUGCCUCAUCAAGAUGACACUCUUGCUUGGGAAGCUUUACUGGCCCAUAAGUUUGAUAAAGUGGAGUCUGUGGUGAAGCUCCCACUACCUGAAUGCUGGGCGGUAUCAAAACUUCAUGUACUUGUUGAUGAAGUCACUGCAAGUUAUGAGAAACUUUUCUUUGGAGAUGUUGGAAGAGAAAUAUAUGACUUCUUUUGGGCUGAUUUUGCUGAUUGGUACAUUGAAGUUAGUAAAGCUCGCCUGUAUCACUCCGGAGAUCAUUCUGUUGCAUCUGUAUCACAAGCAGCUCUGCUAUAUAUUUUUGGGAGCAUCCUUAAAUUGCUACAUCCAUUUAUGCCUUUCGUAACUGAGGAGCUCUGGCAGGCAUUACCCAGUCGACAGGAAGCUCUUAUAGUAUCUGCGUGGCCACCUACUUCACUUCCCAGGGAUAUUGAUUCCAUAAAAAAAUUUGAGAACUUACAGGCAUUGACUAGAGCCAUCAGAAAUGUACGAGCAGAGUAUGCAGUUGAGCCAGCAAAACUUAUUUCUGCAUCUAUUGUUGCAAAUCCAGAUGUCAUUCAGUAUAUCUCUGGAGAGAGGGAAGUUUUAGCUCUUCUUUCAAGACUGGAUUUGGGAAAUGUCAAUUUUGCAGAAGCCCCCCCAGGAGAUGCAAAUCAGUCUGUCCACGUUGUUGCUAGUGAAGGUCUAGAAGCUUAUCUUCCUCUAUCAGAUAUGGUGGACAUCUCUGCUGAAGUUCAGCGUCUCUCUAAGCGCCUUGUCAAGAUGCAAGCCGAAUAUGAUGGGCUGAUGGCUCGUUUGAGUUCUUCAAGUUUUGUAGAGAAAGCUCCUGAGGAUAUUGUUCGUGGUGUCCGAGAAAAAGCGGCAAAGGCAGAAGAGAAGUUAACUCUAACUAAAAACCGCCUUAAUUUCCUCAAGUCAAAAGUUUUGAUUGCAAAUUAGUUUCAUUCGAACAAUCCUUUGUUGCCGCUCACCCUAGUUCAACCCACUAGAGGUUCAUUACAUUAUUUUUGAGCUUUUUGCUCGAUAUCAAGAUGAGUAGCCUCUUCCACAAGAACAAGGUGGAGAUCAUCUAAUCGCAUUCUCGUAAGGCAUUCUUUCA